AUGAGUUCUCAAAAUAGCAUUGCCAAUGCUUCCCCAAGCUCGAACACGCUGAGCGCAAGCACAACUUCAACCUCUACGGUUCGAUCGCGCCCUCGCCGCUUAGUUUCAUUCACGGACGACGGAGACGACAGCAAUAAUGCUACGAACUACUCCUACCAGGACGAUGUCCAACCAUUUUCCUCGGGAUUGUCAACGACUCUUGCGCCCUCCGAAGGUGGAAUGACUCGAUCCCGCGGAGCGACCCCCUCGCCAUUGUCAUCCCGUGGAGCAUCACCACUUCCAAUGAGACACCCAUCACGCGCGACCGAAUCAAUCAAUCGUGGUACUCGCAGUGGGCCAACAUCGUUUGCUUGGAGUGGGCCAUCAAAAGCCUCAUCGUCGGGAGGUCCUGCGGACUUUCUAGACUCCUCAUGGUCCUCUCUCCAAAGCCUGGCAUCUUCAGUACUGGGGAGUGAUGCUGGACGAGUCACUCCGAAUAAUGCGACAAAGAGACACACGCGAAGGAAGCCAUCUCGGUCUGACGUAUAUAGUAAGAGUGCACCUAGGUCGACGUGGGGUCCAUCGGCACCUGCCGCUCCGCAAUUCGGAACUGGGACAAAGGAGGAGCGACAGGCUCUAGUGCAGGCCAAAAAAAGAGAAGCUUUGCUCCUCGCUGAUAGUGAUCCGAUCGCAAGCCGUACACUCCCUCACAAAAGACGCGACUCCGGCGACGUUUCAUACCAAGCGUCUGAGCCGGAGCACGAUGAAGACGCUCUGGCCUAUAUCCACAAAGUGCAGCCCACAGACACUAUCACCGGCGUGACGAUCAAAUAUGGCUGCCAGGUUGCCGUGUUCAGGAAGGCGAACGGUUUCUGGCCCAACGACAACAUUCAGAGCAGAAACACUGUUCUUCUGCCAGUCGAUGCAUGCUCCGUGAAAGGCCGGCCUGUUCCCAAGGAGCCUGUAGAUCUUUUGAGCAACAAUGACGAAGACCCUAGCGACAGCUCGAUAGCCCCAACGGCUGCCUCUACCGAUGAUAUUUCAACUGAACAGGAUACAUCCGCAACUGCGUCUGGGGCCGAUGGGAAUCAUGCUUGGAAGCAUGAAUCGUGGGUGCAUAUGGAUGGGUUUCCCGGACCAGUGGAAAUUGGCCGUGUUCCUCGAAGAGCAUUGGGAUUCUUUCCGCGUACGCGUCGAAAAUCUAUAUCUUAUUCAGACGCAGAACCUCCCGACUUUUACCGAGAAACAAUCACUGCUCCGUCUCCCGCCGGAUCGCCACCUCCACCGUCAUCCUUCGGCAUACUGCCACGAACUCGACCAAACGGCGGUCAGCCAAAACCGAAAACCACACACCCCAAUCGUCCUCAGCAUCGCCGCCAACGCAGUAGUAUCCAGCUGUCUGGCACGGGUGUGGGAACACUUGACCCCACCUCGACUGGUCCAGGCCCUGCAUUAGAUGGGUUCACCAGAUUCUUCGCACAGCACAUACCCCAUCUCGCGCUGGCACAUCCUCCGGACAAUGCCCGGACAGCUUCCUUUGACUCCACAUCCAGUAUCGCAUCCAAUGCAUCGACUGGCCUCGAGAACAUUGGCGGGGCUUUUGAGGGUUGGGUUCGAAAGGUAGCGACGCGCGCCAAGGCCAGUAUCAAUGAGCUUCAGCAAGGACCACCCACGCAGCAGGGUAGCAGCAGGGGUCGUAAUAUGUGGCGGAUGGAUGACUUAAUCGAGCUUGACGAUGGGAUGAUGGAUGGCCGGAACUCCCCCAGCCCGUUCAAGGGUACAUCGCGGAGGUCUGAGUUACAGGGCACCUCAUCCUCAUCCUCAUCCUCAUCUAACCGAUACAACAGCCCUUCGGUGGUGGCAGCGAGCAGGUCUCGUGCGACUGGAUUUGGUUCGGGCUCCGGUUCAUCUGCCUACGGCGAGCGGGUCAAGGAUGAUUAA